AUGGAGAGCGCGGUGCGGCGGUUACACGCGUUACAACGGUCGACGACCAAUGUGCGAAACGUGUGCGUGUUGGCGCACGUCGAUCACGGGAAGACGACGCUCUCGGACGGGUUGAUCGCGCACAAUGGAUUCAUCAGUCGAAGACAGGCGGGACGGAUGCGAUUCAUGGAUUUUUUAGAGGAUGAACAAAAGCGAGGGAUCACGAUGAAGAGCGCGGGGAUCUCGUUGUUGUACACGCCGAGGCGGCGCGGCGACGCGGACGCGGAGGACGCGGAGGACGCGAGGGCACCGAUUUUGAUCACCCUGGUGGAUUCACCGGGACACGUUGAUUUCUGUAGCGAAGUGUCGACCGCGGCGAGGUUAUCGGACGGGUGUUUGGUCGUCGUGGACGUCGUGGAGGGGGUGUGCGUGCAGACGCACGCGGUUUUGAGACAGGCGUGGGAGGAGCGGUUGAAGCCGUGUUUGGUGUUCAAUAAACUCGAUCGGUUGAUCGUCGAGUUGGGAUAUUCCCCGCUGGAAACGUACGAGAAGAUUCGGGGAUUGAUACACGAGGUGAAUGGGUUGAUGAGCGCGUUCGAGAGCGAAAAGUUCAUCUCUCGCGUGGACACGUUUUUGCACAACGAAACGCGCAGGGAGGAAUCGGGACACGGCGACGACCUCGAGACGUCGACGAGCGAUUACUUGGAAGAGGACGAGGCGUCGAUGCAUGAUGGUGUCGAUGAAGAGGACGCGUUUAGCGUCGCGCGUGGGAACGUCGCAUUCGGGAGCGCGAUAGACGGAUGGGCGUUUAGGCCCGAUGAGUUCGUCGAGCUGUACGCCGGAAAGCUCGGGUGCUCGGAAUCGGCGCUCAGGAAAGCGCUCUCGGGAGACUGGUACUUCCACCCGAAGACGCGAAAAAUUGUGAGUCGUAAGGUGGCGAACGGAAAGCUCAAACCUCUGUUCGUGCAGUGCAUACUGGAUCCGAUUUGGAAGCUCUACGCCACGGCGGAGAGCGAAAAGAACGGGGAGUGGGUGGAGAAGGAUUUGGCGACGCUCGCGAAAGCGCUCAAAGUGGACAUUCCAGAGAAGGACCUCGCACAAAGUGAUCGCAGAAUGGCGCUUCAGAGCGUUAUGCGUGCGUGGCUCCCGAUGUCGCCGUGUUUGCUCGAGAUGAUUACCCAGUGCAUCCCUGGACCGCGCGAGGCGGCUCCGAGACGUGUCAAUCGAGUGCUCCCGCAACCGGUGUUACGAAAGGCUCGUCCGUCGGGUGUCGACGACGCUCGACGCGCGGUGAUGGAAUGCGACUCAUCUCCAGAGGCGAUGAAGAUUGUGUUCGUGAGUAAGAUGAUGGCGGUCCCUCGGUCGCACGUCCAAGGAGCGGAACGCGAGCAGGGCGGAGAGGAGAUGAAAUUUCUCGCCUUUGCGCGCGUGUACUCUGGAGUCGUUCAAAAGGGCGACAAAGUGUUCGUCUUGCACUCGGGGCACGAUCCGAGCGAUUACGACUCGGAGACGAUCGAGGAAGUGAUUCUAGACGAACUCUACCUCAUGAUGGGCCAAGGAAUGUUCGCCGUGGACGAAGUUCCCGCGGGAAACCUGCUCGCCAUUGGAGGUUUGGAGAGCGUUGUUUUGAAAUCCGCGACUUUGAGUUCAUCCGCGGAGUGCCCACCGUUCGGGGAUAUGAUGUUCCAAGCGGCGGCGAUCGUGAAAGUGGCGAUUGAGCCGGAGAAUGUUACCGAUAUGGACGCCUUGAUACAAGGCUUGCGGCUGUUGAAUCGCGCGGACGCAUUCGUCGAAGUGAGUCUCAUGGACACGGGCGAGCACGUCAUCGCCGCCGCGGGCGAGGUUCACCUCGAGCGAUGUGUCGCGGAUCUGCGAGAGCGCUUCGCCAGGGUCCCAAUCAGGGUAUCGCCGCCGAUUAUUUCGUUCCGCGAGACGGUGACCUCGGUCGCCACGGCGUCGAGCACGACGGCGAACGGUCGCCUGACAAUUUCUUGUACGGUUAAACCAAUGUCGAAUUUCAUCAUUCGAGUCGUAGACGACUCCGCGGAUCAACUUAAGGUGCUUCUGGAGGGUAAGAUGGACGAGGAAGGGGAAGAAAACAAGAAACUCGCGCGAGAAUUCAUGGAGAAGCUCGCGGCUGCGCGCGAGGCGUCGACGUACGACGAACAAGGACCAGAGGGGAUUUGCGAGGACACGUUUCGCUCCGCCUGGGUCCUCGGUCCAAAACGCGUGGGAUCAAACGUCUUGAACGUCGGCACGUACACCGCCGACGUCGAUGACGAUGAGAAAGAGUUUGGACACGCUACCGCCGCGAUCUCGCUCGGUCUGAGGAAAGAGUACGAUCCCGAAGAGUUGGACGAGGCCACCCUUAACGCGACGGACUUCGAUAUCAACGCCGCGCAAGGGAGCGUUUUGACGGGAUUCCAGAUGGCGACCGAUCGCGGUCCUCUGUGCGAUGAGCCCCUCACCGGGGUCUGCAUGAAGCUGAACUUGGCGUUGAAUCCCAGGGAUGAGGGCGCGGGUGACCAAGACGAACAGUUCGGCCCGCUCUCGGGGCAAAUCAUCAACACCGUUCGAGACGCCAUUCGGCGGGCGGUGAUGAAAGCCGGGACCCGACUAGUGGAGGCCAUGUACUUGGCGGUUAUCACGACGACGUCGGAAGCGCUCGGGGGGACGUACGCCGUGCUCGGGAAGCGUCGAUCGCAGAUUUUGUCCGAAACCAUUCGCGAGGGCACGGGGGUGUUCGUCAUUCACGCCUACCUCCCUGUGGCGUCGUCCUUUGGUUUCGUCGACCAGCUUCGAGCGCAAACGUCCGGGGCGUCUACGGCGCAGUUAGUGUUCAGUCAUUGGUCCACCAUGGACAUCGAUCCAUUCUUCACUCCGACAACCGAGGAAGAGCGCGAGGAGUUCGGCGAAGACGGGGACGUGGGACCGAACAUAGCGCGUCAGCUCAUGGAUUCAGUUCGCAGGCGCAAGGGAUUAAAGGUUGAGGAGAAGAUCGUGCAGGUGGCCACGAAGCAGAGAACACUCGCGAGGAAGGCGUGA